GUUGCAUCUUGUGACUGUGCCGCCAUGUCAACAGCUGACUCUGGGAAAUGGAGUGCUGAAGUCUGUGAUCUAAAGUAUCCUUUUAUCUGCUAUGGAUCACCCAAGAUUCGUCUACGAAAUUACCACUAUUUAAAUGAAACUAGGACAUGGACUGAUGCUCGAAAUUACUGCAGAGCGAGAUUCACUGAUAUGGCAACUGCAGACACCAUGAGUGAUGUGAACAGGAUGAUGAACACAGUGGAUCCCGGAUACAACGGAUCAGUGUGGAUUGGACUAGAAAGGAUCAUACCCACACGUUGGGUCUGGCCUUCAGAUAGCAUCUCAGUUUCCCAAUACAGUAAUUGGAGUCCAGGGGAACCAAAUGGUAAUUGGGAGUGUGUAAAGAGUUUGAAUGGAAGCUGGUUUGAUGAGGACUGUGCUCUUACUCUCCCAUUUGUGUGUUUCAAUGACAGCACUGGUUAUGUGCACAUUAACACUCAUCUGACUUGGAGAGAUGCUCAGAGUUACUGCAGACAACAUCAUACGGGUUUGGCGAGUGUCAGCAGUCCAGAGCAACAGCGUCUUAUCAGUAAUGAAUCUUCCUUCUGGAUUGGUUUGUUUCUGGACUCUUGGCAGUGGUCUGAUAGGUCGAGGAUUAACUUCAGAAACUGGGAAACUGGAUUACCAUCAAGUGUUACAGUCAAUGGUGUCUGUGUUGCCAUGUCAACAACUGACUCUGGAAAAUGGGUCUAUCAAAGAUUUGACCAAAAGUUACCCAUUAUCUGCUAUGGAGACGACAAGUUAAUUAAAAAGCAACUGGUCAGACUCAACUUGUCCUGUGGUGGAAAAUGCAAGUUAAGUGAUACUUCACUUCAGACAACCAUUCUAAAUGAGGUAAAAAAAAAGCUACAACUUGUGGGACUGGGAAACUACAUCUGGGUAAGGUGGGGAAGGAUUGAAUAAAAUGCAUUUCAUCUGAGAGCAACCGUUC